AAUCAAAACCACCAUUAAUCUGAAGAAACCUGAUGAGGUCGUCGAGGAACAACUGUAGGAUCGAAUUAAUUAGCAGACAGAUUGUUUGUUGCAGUUCAUGUCGCAAACAACCUUUUGAGAAAGUCCACGCAAGAUUCCCCGCUAGCAGCUAAAAUUUCCACUCUAAAUCUUGGGAAUUUCAACGCGCUUUUGAGGUGGCUCUCGAUCCGCCGUACCGCGCACCGCCAUCAUCACCUGCCGCAGUGUUCUGCUCGUGGUUUGUCGCACUUCUUUACUCUCCGGCCAACUCUAAGUCAAACCGAAGAGAGAAGAGGGAAGAGAGAGAGGAUCCGACAUUGGUGUAAGCAAUGAGGUGAGAUGAUUUAAUUCUUGCUGGUUGCUUUAUGAGAGGUUUGCCUGCCGAGAAGAGGAGGAAAGAUCCGAACUUUUCCGUUCUUUGAGGUGGGUUUCAAUUUCAUGCAGCUGCUGAGCGAGAACAGAGCGUCGUGUUUUCUAGCUGUGCCUAGUGAAAGAUGAAGAAGCCUACUCUACGAGUAGAACCAACAGAUAAGCUCAUAGCAGAGUCAGAUAGAUAGAGGAGAAGAUAAAAAAAAUAUACUUGCAGAGAUUUCCUUAACGAGCUUUGAAUGGAGAAUAUUCAAUCUUUGUUUUGAUUCUUUCCCUCCUUCCCUCUCUCCUCUUCUGCCUUUAAAGAGCUCGAGUGGGUAGCUAGGCUCUUCAGCGUCUCAAUUUUGCGGGUGGCGAUGGGUUGGGCGAGCAAGUUGCUGAGGAGCCUUCUCGGCGGCGCGAAGAAGGAUGUUGAAAAGAAGGAGAAGAGACGGCGGAGUUUCACUGGACCAUUGCGGGAAAGUGUUUCUCCCAAGAACUCCGGCGGCCGCCACAUUCCGACGUCGGCGCUGCAUCUGUCGUGGCCUAGGUUGGACGUCGAAGAAGUGCUGGAAGUGGAGGAGGGGAGUAAGCACGCGAUCGCAGUGGCCGUGGCCAACGCGACCGCCGCCAAUGCGACGGUGGCGGCGGCGGUGAUGCGGCUGAAGGCCCUCCUGGGAGAGAAGAAGAAGAUCGCGGUGCAGUGUCGGGCCGCUGUCAAGAUCCAGACAACCUUCCGAUGCCACUUGGCGAAGAAAGCUCUUCGAGCUCUGAGAGGCUUGGUCAAGCUGCAAGCGCUGGUGAGAGGCUUCCUCGUGAGGAGACAAGCCGCGUUGACCCUCCGCAGACUCCAAGCGCUCGUCAGAGCUCAAUCCGUGGCAAGAUCUCGACUUCCUCCAGCAGAAUUGCGCUUCCACCGGAGAUCAUUUGAACGAUUUGACGCAGGGCAAUCCAAGUGCAAUUCCAUCCCACCCAAAUCCAGAUCAUUCCGGCGAGCGAAUUCGCCGGAGGAACUUUUGGCGCCGGUAUCCUCGCCGGUGCUUCUCUGCAGGGUUCCCUCUCCUCGCUCUGUUCACGGUCACCGCGAAAGCAGCUGCUGCUGCUGCCAAUUCUGUCCCAAGACACAGCACAAUACUCCUCGUCUUGUCCGGCCCGGAACUCCAGCAAUGCAGCUGCACCAAGUCAUCAUGAGUCCGACGAGCUUUCCGAACUACAUGGCGCGGACCACUUCGUCGGUGGCGAAGGUGAAGUCGUGGAGGAAGGCUAUGGAGGAGGAUUCCAAUGGCGCAUUUAUGGCAGGGAGUAAGCAUGGCAGGUCUCCCAUGGCGGCGAGUGAAGCGGCCAUGGAUUGAUUGAUCGCUGAGUUGGUGAGGCGAAAUUGCGAUUUGAGAUGUGGAGAAAGAGAGGCGUGUAGAUUCUCCAAGCUUAAUUAGAACUUGUUCUUGACUUGUUGCACCAUUGUGUUCUUCGUUAACUUCAUUUCCUGAACUUUCAUGAAGCAUUUCAUUUAGUGGGGAAAUAGCUU